AAGAAGAGAAACGACGGCUUGGUCGCAUGUCAAUUCAUCUGAACCGGUCGGAGACCAAGAUCACGGCCGGUGCCUUUUUUUUUCUUUUCUUUUUUUAACAACCAUCCGGACACCAGGGACCGAGUACGGCCAUGAGUCACUUUGCAACUCGCGAAUGAAUUGCAUACAUAAAGCCUCGUAGAGAUCAAGACUCAAGAGACAAGAAUCUUCAAAAUCUCACUCGCAAUAAUUUCAAUCAUACUGUUGCUUCACCAAAAUGGCUGCAUACGGGGACUUUCAUCUUGUAUACUGGCCAAGCAUCCCCGGUCGAGCCGAGCACAUCCGGCUCGCGCUGGAACUGGUGGGCGCCACGUACACCGACACCGCACACCAGGAAAACGCCAUGGACCUGAUGUUUUCUCUGAUGCGCAACGAAAACAACAAGCUGAUCGCGGGCGUCGACUGCAGCACCAGCCCGCCGUACUAUGCGACGCCGGCCCUGCGGCACGGGCAGCUGCUGCUCAGCCAGACGCCCAACAUCCUCAUGUACCUGGGGGAGCGGUUCCCGGCGCAGCUGGUGCCCGAGGGCUGCAGCAAGUGGAUCGUCAACGGGCUCGUGCUGACGGCGCUGGACGGGCUCAGCAACGAGCCGCACGACUGCCACCACCCCGUCUCGUCGAGCCUGUACUACGAGGACCAAAAGGCCGAGGCCCUGCGCAAGUCGCGCGAGUACGUCAAGGUCAGGCUCCCGCUGUUCCUCGACUACUUUCAGCGCGUGCUCGACUCCGAGUCCAGCGGCGACGGGCCCUGGCUCCACCGCGGCCGCCUGACCUGCGCGGACCUGGUGCUCUUUCAGUGCCUGGACGGCGUCAUGUUCAUGUUCCCCAAGGCCAUGGACAAGUUCAAACAGUCGGGCAGGUACGACGGUCUGUGGCGGCUCUACGAGGCGGUCAGGGAGACGGACAGGAUCAAAAAGUUUCUGGAGAGCGAGAGGAGGCAAAAGUACUCGAAUGGCAUUUAUCGCUACUAUGAGGAGUUGGAUAUUGUGGAGUAGGAGGGGCUUUUGAUGGGCUUUGACGUCACGAGAGGUCUUUACGCGGCAUGGAACUGCCUAGUACAUACUAUACUACUAUACUGUAGUGGUGCACAAUACGCGAUAAGCAAGGUUCCAUCGUUCUCUUGUUCUUGUUGGCAUCUUGGAGUCAUCCUGGUCAAGCACAUGUCUGAGUGUGGCUGUUUGUAUCUCGUUGCUACCCU